UUUAUAAAAAGACGGCCCAGACGGCUGCGUACCCCAGCCUGUCUGUCCAUCGUCCCGAGAUUAUCCUCGCGUCAAUUGGCCUCCCGCGAGCGAACCUCUCCCCAAUGAAGACUCUCGCCGUCGUCAGCGGCCUCGCCGCCCUGCUGCCCUCGGCACUGGCUUGUGGGAGCGACCACUCGUGCUACGGCCCUACCAACACGGUCGAGCAUGUCCGCCAUGUCAAGCGCAUCCAGCCCGGAGCGCCGAACGCGGCCUAUGGACCCAAGGCGCCUCUCGAAUGGGGCCAGCUCAACUUUCUCCAUACGACCGACACUCACGGCUGGCUCGAGGGCCAUCUCAAGGAGCAAAACUAUGGCGCCGACUGGGGCGACUUUGUCACCUUCUCGCGCCGCAUGAAGCAGACGGCCGGCAACAUGGGCGUCGACCUGCUGCUCAUUGACACGGGCGAUCUGCACGACGGCAAUGGCCUCUCAGACGCCACGACCAUCGACGGCACCGACUCCAUGCCCAUCUUUGACGGGAUCGAGUACGACCUGCUGACGAUUGGCAACCAUGAGCUGUACAUCUCCGAGGUUGCGUACGAGAUGUUCAACACGUGGGCGCGCAAAUGGGGCGACCGCUACAUCACGUCCAACGUCAAGGCCUUCAACCAGACGUCGGGCCAGUACGAGUACAUUGGAGCGACGCACCGCUACUUCACGACGCCCAAGGGGCUGCGCGUCAUGGCAUUUGGCGUGCUAUUUGACUUCACAGGCAACUCCAACGCCUCACAGGUGCUCAAGGCUGCCGAGAUGGUUCAGGAGGAGUGGUUCAAGAACGCCGUCGAGACGUGCGAACCCAUCGACGUGUUUGUGCUGUUUGGCCACAACCCUGUGCGCCAGACGGACUCGUCCAACACGCUCAAGCUUGUCUUUGACGAGAUCCGCAAGGUUCAUCCCACCACCCCCAUCCAGAUCCUGGGCGGCCACAGCCACAUCCGCGACUUUGCCGUCUACGACGACAACUCGGUUGGCAUUGAGUCGGGCCGGUACUGCGAGACUCUGGGCUGGAUGUCCAUGACGGGCUUCGACGCGUCCAAUAGCAACUUCAAGGGCGUCAAGAACCCGCACGGCGUGCCCAACCCGACGAGGCCGGCCCGCCAGGGCGCAAAGUCCCCCUUUGUGUACUCGCGCCGCUACCUGGACUGGAACCGCCAGACCUUCAUCUACCACACCAAGCAGACGGAAGCGGCCUUUGACUAUGGCUCCGGCCUGCGCGUUACCGAUGAGGUGUCCAAGGUGCGCGAGGAGCUCAAGCUGGGCGAUGUGUACGGCUGCGCGCCCCAGACGUGGUGCAUCUCGUGCGUGCCCUUCAACGACUCGAGCAACAUCUUUCCCGGCGUCGUCUUGCCCGCCGUCUCUGCCAUUGUUGUCAACAAGACGCGCGAGGAUAAGUCGCGCCUCAUUAUCGGCAACACGGGGGCGAUCCGCUUCGACCUGCACCAGGGGCCGUUUACGUAUGAUGACAACUUCAUCGUGUCGCCUUUCCGGGAUGCCUUUCUGUACAUUCCCGAUGUGCCGUAUGAGCUAGCCAAGACUGUCCUGCCAAAGCUCAACAGUGGUCCCAUUGCCAAGCGUGACUUGGCCACAAUGCCCGUCCCUCGCGACUCGUGCACCGAUCCCACCUUGGGCUACCUGACGCGUCGCGAGAUGCGCCAGAGCCACGGCGUCGUCCGCCGCCAGGAAGUUGUCACUUCGGGCUAUGUCACGACCGAUGACUUUGGCAGCGAUGGAGACGACACGGUGCACACAGGCAUUGAGAACUACCCUCUGCCGGGCUACUUUCAGGCCGAGGUCAACUUUGCCGAGGGGAGCGACCCCGAGGCCGUUGAUUUGAUAUUUGUCGACUUCAUCGAGUCCCUGAUUCUCGCAGAUCUUGGCGGCAACUACACUUCUGACAUGGUCAGCUGCUACAUCGACUGCGACUUUACCUCCCAAGACUUUAUGCUCCCCUAUGCGAAGCUCGUGUGGCAGGAGAACAUUGACAACUGCCCUCUUGCGCAGGCGUAACGA